GAAGACAUUCCAGCAGCUGCAUAUCUUUUAUUCCUGAUCUUUUAUUCCUACGAAUCUCUGUGAAGACAAGUUAUGUCAACAGCUACUUUAAUUAAUUUGGUACGAAACGGAGGGUAUCAAGUACGAAGGAGAGCCGUGCUGACGUCCCGCCUCUUGCAAGACGAGAAGCGUCCGACAGCCGCUUGCUACAGCUCCACCUCCGAGCGCCGUGCUUCGCGCUUCGAUUCAGACGGCAGCGGACGACCUACCACAUGGGAUACCUUUGGCAUCUGGGACAAUCGCAUUGAUGAACCUAUUCUCCUCCCACCAAGCAUAAAGUAUGGGAAGCCGAUUCCAAAAGUCAGCCUGGCCAAUGUGGGCUGUGCUAGCCAUAUUGGGAAGCGUAAGGAAAAUGAAGACCGGUUUGAUUAUGCUCAGCUGACGGAGGAUGUCCUGUACUUUGCGGUAUACGACGGACAUGGCGGGGCAGCCGCAGCAGACUUCUGUGAUAAGUACAUGGAAAAAUAUAUUAAAGAAUUUCUUGCUGAGGAGGAGAACUUGGAAAAUGUUUUGAACAAAGCUUUUCUAGAAAUAAACAAAGCAUAUGAAAGGCACGCUCAUCUGUCUGCUGAUGCAACUCUGAUGAACUCUGGGACCACUGCAACAGUGGCUCUGCUCCGGGACGGUAUUGAGCUGGUUGUGGCAAGUGUGGGAGACAGUCGUGCUCUACUGUGUCGAAAGGGAAAGGCCAUGAAACUCACCAUUGACCAUACUCCAGAAAGAAAGGAGGAGAAGGAAAGGAUUAGGAAGUGCGGUGGCUUCGUUGCCUGGAACAGUUUGGGACAACCUCAUGUGAAUGGUAGACUUGCAAUGACACGGAGCAUAGGAGAUUUGGAUCUUAAAAACAGUGGUGUGAUAGCCCAGCCAGAAACAAAACGGGUUCAGUUGCAUCAUGCAGAUGACAGCUUCCUCGUCCUUACUACAGACGGUAUUAACUUCAUGGUGAACAGUCAGGAGAUCUGUGACUUCAUUAACCAUCCUGCUGAAGCUGCCCACGUUGUUACUGAGCAGGCAAUGCAAUUUGGCACUGAAGACAACAGCACGGUUGUCAUAGUGCCGUUUGGAGCGUGGGGAAAGUACAAAAAUGGUGAGAUCAACUUCUCCUUCAGCCGCAGUUUUGCUUCCAGCGGGAGGUGGGCGUGAAGACCUGCCACAGCUAUCUUUUCCUGCCGUGAUCUGGACACAGCGUGCUACAGGAGAACA